AUGUCUAUAGCAAUCUGGCCUCCCGUGGCCCCUGACCAGCUCGCCCUCAAAACGGAGGAAACCCUCAAGCGCGAGCUAGAAUGGAUCGUCACCGAAACCCACACAAUCCUCAGCGACAUCCGCCACGGCCUGCAAGACUGCUACGCCCUCCUCGCGCCAAUCGACCCGGGCAGCACCCUCGUCAUGUCCACGCAGCGUAACGAGCGCGUCAAAGGCACAGUAACCCGCGUCGGCACAAGAAUAGUAAAAGGCGCCAUCAAUCUCCAGCUCAAAACCCUCCCAUCCCAAACCAUCGCCCUCGACCCCUCGCACCCAAUCCACAUCGCCGCCCUCGAGACGAUCCACACCCACCUCACAGAAUGCCUCGACCUCCUCUCCCUGACCUCCACCCCGCAACCUUCCGCGAACCCCUCUCAGCUCGCCGCCCAACUGCGCAUCCUCUCCGCCUCCCUCACCGAGUCCUCCGCCCUCCUCCGCGGUCCGCCCCUCAACACCCCCGAUCUCGCCUGGCAGUCCGACUCCUGCCCGCCCAUCCACUUCGCCCCGCCUCUCGGGCCCAACAUCUCCGUCCACUUCUCCCUGCAGGAGUCGUCCCUUGUGCUUUGGCUGCGCGCCCUCGAGCCCGUCGACGCGCCCCCAAGCUUCGGCACCAAGCUCGGUCUGGCGCUUGGUACGGUCAGAAGGCUGGAGCACGACGAGAUGGACCGCCCGUUCCGGUUUGCGUAUAGUAGCGUCACAGACGGCGGGGAGAAGCAUAAACACGGCAGGGCGCAUCCCACGAGCGGGGAGAGCAGUGUCAGUGGCCUGGGUACACCGUCGAGUAGUGGGGAACCGAAUGAGGUCUACGUGAGAGAGAAGGUGAGAGUCGAGAGCUUGCCUGAUCCAAACUUGAUGAGUUUAUCGGUCAAGCUGGUUGCGUUGGGGCACACUUUGGCGGGCGCGAGGCGGAAUCUUGCUGCAGUGAUGGGAGAGGAGGUCGACGAGUGA